UGCACACCUGUUGAGAUGGAGGCCUCAGAUGGGCAAGGGGGUGAAGGGGACAAACCACUAGAGAAGGUGACAAAUGUGCCCUGCUUAGAAAGGAGCUCCAGCACCAUCCCCGCCGGAGACUCACUCGUGUGCCAUGCCAAAGGCCUGGACCAGGACACCUUCAAAAUUUGUAAAGAAUACCUAAGGCCGCUGAAGAAGUUCCUGCGAAAGUUGCACUUGCCCAGGGACCUUCCCCAGAAGAAGAAGCUAAAGUACAUGAAGCAGAGUCUUGUGGUCCUAGGGGACCACAUCAACACCUUUCUGCAGCAUUACUGCCGAGCCUGGGAAAUCAAACACUGGAGGAAGAUGCUCUGGCGAUUCGUCUCCCUCUUUUCAGAACUGGAAGCCAAGCAGCUUCGCCGGCUCUACAAGUACAUCAAGAGCAACCAGACAGCCAAGUUUCUGGCGGCGUUCUCUCCCUUGGACACACCUGACAGUUCCUUGCUGGCCGGCCAGGAGGACAGUCUGCCCAAGCUCUGCAACGCCUGGGGGCUGCACAGCGACCUCAGCGGCGUGAAGCAGAGGCUGUCCAAGAUGCAGCCCCCAGGUCAAGAGGCCUCCCUGCUGGAGGAGCCAACAUCCCAGGCCGAGGCCGAUGUCAAGACAGGUUCUUUAAGGAAACUUCCUCAAAAACCAAAACUCAAGAGAAAGAGGAUUAAGGAAUCCCCAGAAACUCCAGAAACCUGUCCGUAA